GAGUUCAUAAGCGUAUACGGUGUCCAGCAAAGCAGACGACAGAGAAUCAAACGCAAAGUGAGUACAAAAUACAAAUACUUAGAUUUUCACUUCAGAACUAAAAGAGAAUAGAAAGAUUUGCCAGUAACCGUGGUGACCAGCAACCUUCAUUUUGGAGCUACAUGCAAGGCCCAGCAGAUUCACCUAAUUUGUGACAGUGUGUCUGACGGUCAAGAAUAUUUCAGAAAGUCAGUUGGACAGCUUUUGAAUGGAUGACCAGAACAGUAUCCUGUUACAUGUAACUUCCAAUUAAAAAGACGCUGCAACAACAAACACUGUUUUCAAGUUAAGAACUUCAAAGUGUGAGCAAUGUGUAAUUCUUGACAAGUUAUGCAAUGAUGGAGAAUUUCUCAACAAUUUGUCUAGCUUUGUUUUCUUCAGACGACAACCUUCGAUCAUGAAUGCUACAGUUGAAGUUGUUUUGACAAAUCUCUCAAUUGGUGAGAAGAUCACCUUUGGCAUCAUCGCAGCACUGGGCAUUGUGGGUAACAGCCUGGUGGUGUACGUGCUGACGCACAUGGUCAAGUCUCGCAAGGGUAACGUUAACAUUCUGAUCAUCAACCAAUCUUUGGUGGACCUGGCUACCUCCGUACUCUUGAUUCUCUGCUUCCUGACCCCCGAGCCUCCGUUACCGUCCUCCCCUACCGCCGCCCGAUUCCUCUGCUCCGUCUGGAACUCUAAGUACCUCUUCUGGGCAACCAUCAUCUCUUCCACCUUCAACCUCGUCUGUUUGACUCUAGAGCGCUACUUCGCCAUCGUCUACCCCUUCAAGUAUCGGAGCUGCACCCUGUUCACCUGGCCCAAGUCUCUCGUUCUUGCCAUAGUCCCGGUACUGGUUGGUUACUCCUACCAAGCUUACUUCCCCGCUAUGCACGUCGUGGAGGACGGCAAAUGUGUCGUGAAUGAGUUUUCCAGCCGAGCAGCUCAAAUCGUCUACGCUGUAAUCAUCCUCCUUGUAACCUACCUCUUGCCACUCGGCGUCAUGACGUUUGCUUACAUCAGGAUCUACAAAGCCCUGAGGACCGAGUCGAUCGGCAACAUCACCGGCGAGAGUUGCCAGUCAAUGAACGCCAUGGGCAACCAGCGUCACAACCCCAACGACAUCAACGAGAAGGCUCUACGCAACAUUGUCAAGACCCUGAUCCUUGUCUACGUGGUCUUUGGUCUCUGCUGGGCUCCCAACGAAGUCUUCUACUUUUAUUUCAACGUGAGCGGCAAUCAGCACAUCAACGAAACCGUCUACAACAUCACCAUCUGUCUGGCCUUCUUCAACAUGUGCGCUAAUCCCUUUAUCUACGCGUUCAAGUACCGACGGUUUAGGGAGGGGCUUCAGCGCGCCAUGCCGCGUCUUGGACGACUGCUUUGUGUAACUGACACAAGCUUACUCCAAGAAGAAAAUUCUCCUCAGUUAUCAACAUCCGUUGUGUAAGAUAGUCUGAUGGAUUCAAAACUAAGGACAGUGUCAGGAUACUAUGUUGUGACCUGUUAUUGCAAGACCAGUUUUAAGUCUGACUCAUUAAGAAAUGAGAUAUUUGUACUGUCAUUGACUUCUGAUGACGAACAGAGCACACUUUUUGAAAACUGGCUGUUCUCAGAAUUAACCACACAACUCACAAAGAGAUAUCAUUCACAAGGCGUUACCGCAAACCUCUCAUUCAUUGUUCAGAGAUAUUUGUAGUAGUUGUAGUAGAAUUCUGAAAAACAAGAGCAUUCCAAUGGUACAUGGAUAACAUAUAAAUGUACUGGGUUCAGUAAAACUAAUUUUUUUUAAAGAAAAUUCAUGAAGUUGUUUGCAGUGUAUAUUCAGUAAACUCAUAAGAUGAGAAGAAAAUAGUGUAUAUGAACACUAAACUCCUACGAUGAGACGAAAAUAGGCUUUAAAGAUAUUCGAAAACAAAAAAAACACCCGUGACCCAUUUGAAUUUUGGCUUUGCCCA